AUGGAAGAAGAAAAACGAGAGCAAAAGAAGGGAGAAGAAAGACGGAAGAAAACCCCUAAUGACGAUGGAGGCGGCGAAGACGAAGAAGGAGAAGAAGAGGCAGAGAAAGAUACCGAGAACAAUGAUGCUGAGGAUGGAAAAGACGAAGAAGAAAUAGAAGAAGAAGAAGACAGCUUGUUGCCCGAAUCGUUCGGGCAGCGACCGGCGAAGGAUAAGCAACCUCGUCAAGUCGUGGAAAAGAUUUUCGUAGAUUUAGACGAACUCGCGAAGAACAAUGAUUUCAAACCAGAAAACUGCGAGAAUAAGAAUUUAAUUGUCAUCGAUUUGAACGGAUUACUCAUGCAAAGGAGUUUCAGCCCACUCGGUACAUCUACUUCCGGUUUUAGAAUUGAUCAGGACGCAAAAGUAGGUAACUUUUACGUAUACAACAGACCUCACAUGAAAGAUUUUCUGGACUUUUUACACGAGAAUUUCACGGUAGGGGUUUGGUCGAGCGCUACGGAAUACAAUGCGCGAAUGCUAGUACGCCAUCUUUGGGGUAAGAAAAAAGAAAAGCAGCUCGCGUUUGUAUGGGGACAAGAAAAAUGCACAAAUGUUGGUGUUUUUACAGAGCCAAGGGUCAAGCCCGUCUUUUUGAAGGAGCUCGAUAAAUUAUGGUCGCACAACCCCGAGAUGGAAAAGUUUAGAGGUACCCACACGGUGCUUAUAGACGACUCGCCAUAUAAAGCGGUGAAUAAUCCAAUGCACUCCGCUCUCCAUCCGGCUGAGUUUAAAAUUGUAUUUAAGGAAGGCGAUCCUUUGGUUAGCGCUCCUUCUGCUCCUCUUCUUCCCGAAUCAAUUGAAUUAAAACAAAUGAAAGGAAUAAAACGCGCGAGCGGCAUCGCUCCAAGUUUAGGUAAAAAACGUCUGAAAAAGUUUAUCAAGGAGACGCGCACCUCGAGUACAUUUGAUCAACUUUCAGGGAAUGAUUUUUCUCGAUUUCAAGUAGAAGAAGACGACGCGCUUGCGCCGGAAGGAGAGUUGCGGUCAUACUUAGCCGAAUUAGUCGCGAACGAGAAAGGCGCUGCAGCGUUCAUAGAACAAAAACAGUAUGCGGGGAAGCAAGCCCCGCUCGGUCCAAUAGAUAUAGUGAAAGAUAUGGUAGCUAAAGCAAAAGAAAUUGAAGCUAAUAUAGCGAAUGGAAUUGUUUUGACGUCGCAAAUGGUUAAAACGAAAGAUGCCGCCGAGAUAUGUUUAGACGACUUAUAA